AUGAAUUCUGAAUCAUCUUCUCAUUCUCGGUCCGACGAGGAGAUAUCUCAUUCUUCUUCCGAAGAGGAGGUACCUCCCGCUCCCACCGGAUGGGAUGUCGCGGGUUUCGCCAACAACCCAGUCAACAACUAUAUCUCCCGUUUCAUACAAAGCGAGCUUGCUCGAAUGCAGCAGCCACCCCAACGGCCAAUCCGCAGGCGGCGUCGAUACAUCCACCGCGACCACGCUGGUGGGCACGAUCGGCUAUGUAUUUCGUCGCCGAUUCAGAAUGCGCCGCUCCUCUUCCUGUGCAUUGUUAAUGCGUUGUCCGCGCGUUACCCCGAGUUCCAGCUCCAGCGAGACGCCACAGGGAAGCUCGGUCUAUCGCCCCUGCAGAAAUGCACUGUUGCCAUCCGACAAUUGGCAUAUGGAGGGUCCGCCGACAUGUUCGAUGAGUAUCUGCAAUGCGGCGAGACGACCGGCAACGAGUGCCUGAAGAAUUUUUGUCAGGGCGUGCGAGAGAUAUUUGGGGGGCACUACCUUCGCUCGCCGGACGCAGCUUGA